ACCUUUCUCUCCGGAUUUCGGCUUUAUCACACUUUUUUUUUCCAGCUCCAGCUUUUUCCUUCUCUCCUACAAUACUCUCACUUCCUACCCCUCCUUGGAUCCCCUCUCCUCUCUUUCCAUGGCGCCCUCUCCAACCUCAGUCUUUCUAGAGAUCACUUAGAGAAGAAAACACCCGUUUGGACCUUUUCCAAGUCCCACCAUCUCGCUGGAAUGGCUAAAGAGGUCGUGGCUAAGAGCCUUCUCUUCUUCUUCCUCUUCUCUCUUCACACUGUUUGCUCUUCAGCAACCAUUGUGGGUUUCUCAUAUGAUGCAAGGGAAGAGAAUCCUGUCGCAAGGUCACUCAUAAAGACACUGUCUUUCCUUCAGAAGAAUGAUGUAUCUCCCUCCCAGUUUAAGGUCUUUUUCACCGACCCAGCAGCUUUCGUAGAUUUACCACCCACCACCAGUAUCUCUGUUGAUCUCUGUUUGGAUCAUCUCGAAGUGAUUAAGCAACUGAAAUCUAAGGCUUCCACCACCUCAUGGCUCAAAACCCAUCUUUUAGACACUCUCCCCUAUCUGAACAUCAGUAAUAUUAUAGUUGGUGGUACCCCAAAAAGCCUAUCUUUACUCCUUUCCACCUUGAACACAAUACAGACUUCUCUCAAGAGCUUUGAUCUUGAUCAAAGCAUAAGGGUCUCAGCCAUGUUUCCCCUCUACACUCUCAAGACCUUGGACAAAUCUAGCAACAAAAAUUUUCUGAAGAUGAUGAACUUUAUAAAGAAUUCCAAAUCUUUUAUUGUGGUGGAGACACUUGUAGAUGGAGAGAUGAGCUUAGGAGAUGGUUUUGUUCAGUCCACUAUCCAAAAGGCUAUUGCUGCUUGCACUUCACUACCUUAUCCUGACAUCCCCAUAGUUUUGAAUGUGAAGGGUUCUGUUGCCCCAAGUGGAGUAGAAAUAGCUGAAUUCACUGAAAGAAUGACAAAAUCUGUUGAUCACCAUGCUCUGAUAAGAGAAAGGAUUUUCGGGGUGUUUGCUGAGAUUUCCCAUGUUAGAGAAUUCGAGCAGAAGAAGCUUAGUUGGGAGGAGGGAUUAGUCUUCCCUUCUUCUCAUAGAGAACUUCUUGAUCAUGAUAAUUGCUCCAUAUCUUCAAACAAAACAACAGUCCAUGAUACACUCACCCCAGUAACAAACCCUGCAACGACACCCAUAACUGUUCCCUCCACGAACCCAGCACCAACAGUUGUCACUGUACCCUCUGCCAAUCCUGUCACAGUUUUUCCCACAAAUCCCACCACUGCACCAAUUACCAUUCCCCCCUUGAAUUCUGUACCUGCACCAUUCACGGUCCCUGCAACGAAUCCUAUGCCAACACCUGUGACGACACCAGUAGUGCCUGUGACAAAUCCUGCUACGACACCCACAACACUUCCUGUCAACCCGCCGGUAACCAACCCUGUGACAACCUAUCCAUAUCCACCAUCUGGGAGCACACCAUCUGUAACAACACCAGUAACAGUGCCAAGCACUGUCCCAGUUUCGCCAACAGUGUCCGGGCAGACUUGGUGUGUGGCCAAGACUGGGGCUUUGGAUGCAGCACUCCAGAUGGCACUGGAUUAUGCUUGCGGGAUUGGAGGAGCAGACUGCUCCACAAUUCAACCGACAGGGAGCUGCUAUAACCCAAACACCCUCCAAGCCCAUGCCUCGUAUGCCUUCAACAGCUACUACCAAAAGAAUCCAGUGCCAACAAGCUGUGAUUUUGGAGGAACCGCGAUGAUUGCUGAUGUUAAUCCAAGUUCAGGGAUGUGCAUGUACCCAUCUUCAAGUUCUGUUUCUGGUUUCAAUCCUGCUUCUACCAGUACUGGUUCGAGUUCUGGUUCCUCGGUUUUGAACACCAAUAACUCAGGUGGCUCUAGUACAGUUUUUGGGUCAGACAACCCUACAGGCGCUACAAGCAAUUCAUUCUCCGUUUCUGCUGGCUGGACCCUCUUAUUGUUUGUGCUGGCCAUAGCCUAUAUCACUGGUAACAUCUAGUAGGGUUUUAGUUUCAGUUAUUGGGCAGGCAGUAGCUACAGCUGUGUACAUCUGGUUGAUAUGUAGAGACGAUUCAGAAGUCUGAUGUGUAUAUGGAUGCAGUAGAUCCUGAUCAUUGUUAAGUAGUGACUAGACCCGAAGUUUUAUUGGUUUGUAUACGUUGAGAGAAUGCCAUUUCACUUUCAGAAACUCUACAGAAUAUUUCCGAAUGUACAAAUGGAUUACAGAGAAACAAAAUAUAACGUGUAGGCCUCUCAAUCAGAAAAAAAAUCUGACUUAGAUCCAAAGAAUGAGCAAUAACGCCGAGACUUGUUUUUCUUUAGUUGACUACUGCUCGACAGAUUACUGUAUCUCAACGUCUCUUCAAGCAUACAAUGAAGAGAGAACGAAUUUAUCUUUUUGUAGGAACAACGAAACACAAUGGAGACAUGGAAAUAACGAGCUUUGGAAAAGAGCUCAGCUCUUCAAAAAGUUCUGCUUGUUUAAUAAAACCAGAAGCACUGUUGCUUCAUAGCCUCAGAUCACUCAGUUCCUUCA